UCCUUUUACUUUGACCGGGAUGAUGUUGCCCUGCGUCACUUCGCUGAGUUCUUCAAGGAGGAGUCCCACGAGGAACGGGAACACACUGAGAAACUGAUAGCAUUCCAGAAUAAACGUGGAGGCCGAGUCCUCCUGCAGGACGUCAAGAAGCCAGAGCAGGAUGAGUGGGGCAGUGGUCUGGAGGCAAUGCAGAGAGCUCUGCAGAUGGAGAAGGAUGUGAACCAGAGUCUGCUGGAUCUGCACAAACUCGCCUCUGGCAACACAGACCCUCAUCUGUGUGACUUCCUGGAGAGGAACUACUUGGAUGAGCAAGUGAAGAUGAUCAAGAAGCUGGGAGAUCACAUCACCAACCUGAAGAGACUGGGAGCCCCUGAGAAUGGCAUGGGAGAGUACCUGUUUGACAGGCUCACCCUGGGGGAGAGUGACUGAACUGGCUACAGGGAGCAAGCUUGUUGCCAUGUGUAUAAAUGGGAGACCUGUAGAGACUUCUCCUUUUGUAGAAGCAGCUCAUUGUCCUGUACCAAGUGUAAAUAAACU